AUGUUGCUCACUCUCUCUAACCCGGUAAAGUCCGACUUUGAAUUCAAAUCCCAUGCCUACUCCCCAGCCUUUUCACCUCCUACCGCUCGAUACUCUGACCGGCUCCCUGGUGGCCGAUCACCCUCCUCCUCCACCACCUCACAGGCUGCCAAUCCGUCUUCUCGCACCAUGAGUACGCCGCAUCGGGGUCUCCCUCCACCCUCGGCCAUGACGCUGCCUGAUCCGGCGAGGGGAGGUGCUCCAUCCAUGUCUUCUUCCCUUGGUCAACUACCUCCAGCUCCUCCGCAAUGGCAAGGUGCCGAGGACGGCAUGAAGAACUGGCUGGCCGCAAAGGCUGAAGAGGAACGACGAAAGCAAGAGGAGGAGAAGACGAGGCAGGAAACGCUACGGCUCGAGCAACGCAAGGUUGAGCAGUCUAUGCUACGAGAGUCGAUGCAGGGAGGGAUCCCGCCUCAUCUGGUGCCCAUCAUAUUUGCUGGCAUCGGAGGGGGUAACCUCGCAAACGUCAGUUCCGAAUGGAUACAGCAGUACGCGAACCAGGUCCAGGCCGCCCAACAGCAUGUGCAGGCUCAGGCGCAAUCCCAGCUUUCCCCAGAUCUCCGGAGAGACCCAAGAUUAAUCGGACAGGCCCUGUCGACUGUGUAUGCCGGUCAGGCGCAAGCCUCGCAAACCAUACUCCCCCCAACGUCAGUCCUGCCUGGCCAGCCUCUACAGACGCAGUCUCAACAAGGCUCGCCCUCCUUCACUGGCUACACGGGUGCAUCGCUAUCACCGCGCUCGAGAGCUGCACAAGCUGGUCUUGGUGGCGCUCCAACUUCGGCCCCACGGUCUUUAACGCAGUCGUCACUUCCUCGCUUGACAACGAACGAGAUGAACAUUCAACCGCCUCCUGCUGCUCCAGCGGGCGUACAGCAGCUUCAGCAGACACAGACACAACAGCAAGAACAAUCUUCCCCUUCUAUAUAUUUUCACCAUUGGGUGCCCCCCUCGUCUUCUUCCCAGGACAAGAGUUCGAGUGGUAACCCGCCAGCUACGCCCUCAGGUAAAUUCAAAACUUCGCCUGUUCACCAGUCACGGCAACGUGCUGCGUCGCAUGCGUCUGACGUAGAGUACACCAGCUCCCCGAAAAAGCGCAAGGCCCAAGGCCCACACCCCGCUCCGCCGCCGCCUACAUCAGCGCCGGGGUCAUACACAUCUCCAUCCUUUUCCCACAUCUCUUCGUCAUCAACGUCGACACCGGGGCGACGAGGGCAUGCUCGAAACCGGUCUGAUGCAUCGGCACGAGCGGCAGAGGGCUCCAGCGGUUCACUAAGCAGAAGAGGCACGGUUUCUGGGCUCGCGCACGAGACUGUGCGGCCGCGCGACGCAGGAGAAGAAGCAAGAGACGCAGAGGGCAAAGCCCAGGCCAAUUCGGACCAUGUACACGCAAGCUCGCCACCGCGUAAUGACCUUCGAGGGCCAAGCCAGCAGAAUUACGCGCCGCCAUCGACAGCUGGUCAACCUGAAACGGGACAAUUCAGAACACACCAGCAUUGGGAUCGGAGCUACAUGUCAUCUCCCAAGCGGGAAGUUGGGGACCAUUAG